AUGCACGGUCAGGAAGAGUGGUUGGAUAAAGAAAAAACACUGGUAGACACCUGCGAUGAUUCUUCCCAUAUAAAAAAGGGCCCCGAUAGUAAUCGUAUCAGUAAAAAGGGUGCCAAAGAGUUGAUAAAACAUAUGAAUCGCAAAGAAAUUGCUAUACAGGAUAGAGAAUUGACGAAGCAACUCGCCCUUCUCAGACAAGAAAAUAAUCAUUUACAGCAGGCGUGUAAAAUUCUUGGCGAGGACAAAAUUACGGAGAACAAAAAGUCUGUAGAUAAAUGGAGAACAAUUUGUGAGAUGGAGCUUUCCUUCAUCUUGAAUUCGACUUUGAUCAAAAUUAACAGAAUGGGCGGUUAUAAGGAUUUUUUGGAAAAGGAAAUGGAGGCCAAAAAAAGAAGAUUGGAAUACCAGAUCGAUAGCGGCAUAGAAGAUCAGAUCUACGAAGUAAAAGAAAGUGAAGACUUUAAGCAGCUUUCAGAAGUUGAACAGCAAGAAUGGGAAGGUCAAAUGAACGAGAAAUUGAAAGAGUUGGAAAAGAAUAAAGUAAUGGAGUUGGAGAAACUAAAUAAAGUGUUGCUUGAUAGCGAAGGGAAAGAGUUCGGCAUGGCAGAACUGUGUACUAGAUUAAAGCUUGAUUAUAAUUUAAUCUUCCCACAGUGA